GAUAGCUCGCGUAAGAAGAAGAAAAGGAGGCGUGUUGAAUUUUUUCUCUCUCAUUUUCAAAACGAUUUUUAGUGAAUUUCCCGGGCCAAGAAAGUUGUUUAUUGUGUCCAAGAAGUCUGCCCGGAAGUAUGUGGCAUGAAGCACGGAAGCAGGAGAGAAAGAUUCGCGGAAUGCUCGUGGAUUACAGGAAACGAGCUGAGCGGCGGCAGGAUUUCUAUGAGAGAAUCAGAGCUGAUCCAACGCAAUUCCUCCAGCUUCAUGGGCGGAAGUGCAAAAUUCAUCUGGAUCCGAGUGUUGCGGCCGCAGGAGACAGCCCCGCUAUCAUGAUGCCAUGGCAGGGACAUCAGGAGAUAAUGAUUGAUAGAUUCGACGGAAGGGCCCACCUGGACUAUAUUCCGGCGCAAUUGAGUAAAAAUGAUGAAUCCGAUGAAGUUAGCGCCGAUGAGCGGCAGGCAAACUACGAAAGGUACCGGAUUCUGGCGCAAAAUGACUUCCUGGGAAUCUCGGAGGAGAAGUACCUGCAUCAGUUGUAUUUGGAGGAACAAUUUGGGGCUAAUGCGCAAAUUGAGGCCGAGAAGGCGGCUGUGAAGAAGAAGACAGGAGGCGCAACAAUUGGCUAUACGUACGAAGAGAGUGAUCCUGCGCCGCCAAACUUCACGGAAACACUCCAAACUGUCAGUGCAGCACCUCCGGAACAGGAUUCAUCGGACAGUGAGCUGGAUAUGGAUGUUUCCAUCGAUAUAAGCAAACUGGAUACAGCCCAGGCGCAUGAAUUGAAUGAAUACGGAAGGAAUUAUGGGAUGAAGAGUAAUGACUUCUACUCCUUCCUCACCAAGGAUGCCGACGAAGCUGAUGCCCUACGGCUGGCAAAGGAGGAGGAGCAGGAGAAGAUUAUGUUCAGCGGGAGGAAGAGUCGUCGUGAGCGUCGUGCGCAGAGGGAUAAGAAGCUAACAAGGCGCCCCUUCAGUCCCCCAAGCUAUGCAGCUCCGGAAGAGAAAACCCUCAAGGAAGCGAGUGAUAAGAAUGAGAACAGUGAUGAAUCCCGUUCUCCGUCUCCGGUUAAUUCCGGAAAGAUCACGUACAUAACCUCAUUUGGAGGAGAAGAUGAGUUACAGCCGCACUCAAAGAUCUCCAUAAACUUCAAUAGGAACAUCAAAGAAGGCGUUCAGGGGAAGGUGGAUCAGGCAUCAACGCUGGGAGCACUUCUGGACGCCGGAAGGCCACUCACGCACGCUGAGAAGGUGAAGCAGAACCUGGAUAGGUUGAAGGCAAUGAAUAAUAUGGGAUCAUCAAAGCAGGCACCAGCAGGUGGGCAGGUGGAGUACGUCGGGAAGCCCGUUCGGUAUCAACGAACUAAUUCAGUGCACAGAAGUAGGAGCAGAUCACGCGGCAGGAGUAGACGGUAUAGCAGAUCCAGGAGUAGAUCCCGCAGGAGACGGUACAACUCUCCACCGUACAGGAGUCGAAGAUCAAGAAGUAGCUCCAGAUCCAGCGGAAGGAGGAACCGAUCAUCGCGCAAUCGUCGACGCCGGAGAUCUUCGUCAUCAUCUUCAUCUCACUACUCCCGACGGAAAAGACGCUACUCUUCGUCUUCUUCCUCAUCAUCUACCUCAUCUUCAUCUGCCACAGCUAAGAGACAAUCCUCAUCAUCUUCCUCCACGUCUUCACCGUCUCCUGAAAGGAGGAAAAGUAUCCCAACAGUGCGGAAACUUCCCAGCAAGUCUCCUGUUAAAGCUGCUCCAACAAUUGCAACCGUUCCACUUUUACCUGCAACGCCUGCACUUAUUCCUCCAACGCUUUCUGGAGUUCCUGCAACGCCCGCAGAGCCACCAAAGGAAAAACCCAUCCCUACUGUGGAAGUUCAGCCACCACCAGAAGUGCCUAUAAAACGCUACUACGGAAGACGUCGUGAGGAUCGAACUUCAUCCUCCUCAAGUGAUUCCGAUGCAACGGAUGGUGGGGAGAGUAAAUCCGGCAAUGAUUCUAGCUCAACAAGCAGAGCAGCAACAAAUACAACAAACACAUUCGUUGGUAAAGCAACUGCAACUGAGACCAAAGUUUCCAGUGGAUCGCUGAAUCCGAGGGAUCGUCUAAAACGCAAAAUGCAGAUUCUGCUCAACAAACAAUUCAAAGCCGACAAAAAGGCUGAAAUUGAGCGGACUGAAAGGCAAAUUCAGCAGCAACAGGAGCGCGAUGAUGAGAUGCGGGAAUUAGCUCUCAGGCUACGAAGGAGGCAAAGAGAACUUCGUCACAAAUACGGAACUCCUUCGAGUAGCAGGAGUCGAUCUCAAUCGCGCUCCCCCGCAAAUGAUGACGAUGAGGCGCGAGUACCACGCGAGAAGGCUCAAAGUCGCGAUCGAGAGCGUUCGGGGAGUCGAAGACGCUCCGAAGACCGCGUACGGCGCCAUCGGGAACGAUCGCGCAGCCGAAGACGUUCGCGUGGGCGUUCUCGUGAAAGUCACAGCCGUUACCGCAGAAGUAGGAGCGCGAGUCGCAGCAGACGGGCAAGGCGAUCACGUUCACGCAGAAGUCGACGCUCCAGCUCACGGGACCACCAUUCCCAGAAGUCUGUUAAAAAACUUGUCGAUUAUUGAUAAUUAUUGCACAUAUGAAGGAAAUAAAGGAAAUAAAUGUUUUGUUUCCCCCUCUUGUGGUGGAGGGGGUGGUUGAAUA